AUGGCACAAUAUUUUAAAAUUCCGAUCUCUAGUCAACAAAACUACAUCGAAAUCAAGUUUUCCAAUUCCGAAGGAGCGGUAGCAACGAAUUAUGAUGCUGGAAAUGCUACUGAAAUAAUUUGUUGUGUUGACAUAAGCGGCUCAAUGUCUGGUAGCCCAAUACAUAAUGUUUGUGAAGUUUUGCGUGACAUAUACCAACGUACAAAAAAAGAGUAUCGCCUAUUUACAUACAAUACAGAGACAAAUACAAAGCAUACAUUAAAAACAUUAUAUGAACAAAAUGUUGAUUUGACAGCUGGUGGCGGUACGUCAUUUGCAUGCAUAUUUAAUGCAAUUAAAGACUACCUUAUACAAAAUUCGUCGACAAAGAAAGCAUCAACUUUCAUAUUUAUGACUGAUGGACAGGAUAAUGAACCAAACAGUCUAAUACUGAAGAAAAGUAUUGAAAUGUUAAAAUUAGCUUUAAGUGGAAUGCCAAAAUAUCGUCCUAUCACAUUUCAUGUCAUCGGUUUUGGUGAAGUACACGAUCAGUUUCUUAAUCAAAUACGAACAUUUGGUACACGACCAGGUCUUUUUCGUUACUCAGCACAAUCUAAAGAAUUACAAAAUAAUUUUAAUGACAUGUUUGAGUAUGCACUGAGCAUAAGAGAAUAUACUGUUAAGUUAUCUAAUGGUAAAGUUUACCAGGUUAAUAAUACUGAUAAUGAAACAAUUGGUUUUCUAACUGGUGAUGAUGAUGAUCUCAGUGAAGUUACUGAAUUGACAGUGAUGGAUGAUACACAAACAACUACAAAAUUUCCUUUAACUAAAAAAGAAAAUAUUCGUCCCAUAGAUCAUUUACGCGGACUUAAUCUUGUUUCACCACAAAAUGAAGAACAAGUCAAAUCCAUACAAAUAAGUUUGAAUUCGAUUCAAAUUACGAAUAGUCAAAAUUUAAUGGAGCGAAUAGAAGCUGAACAAAUUUAUAAAGAAAUAGAUCAGCGUAUGAUGGAAUAUCGUCAAUUAUUUACACAAAUGAAAAUGAAUCAAGUACCAGAACAUGUCAAAUUACAAUUGAGUGCACUUCGGCACGAUGCUAUAUUUUCUAAUACACAACGAAAAAAGAAAUUAGAUUUACGAGUUAAUAAAAAUAUUGAAUAUUUCAAGAAAACUGAUAUUAGUGGUAUAUUACAAGGAUACAAAAACUCAAUAACACCGGAUACAUGGCAACAAAUUAAAGAACAGAAACAAGAUUGGGUUGAUGUCUACUCAAAUGAUGAUAUCUAUGAAAUUAUGAGAAAAUCACCCGAUAAUAUUUUAUGCUUAGGUGAUAACUUUAAAUUCAUGAUUUAUGAUGUCCCAUAG